AUGGCGCAGCUGAUGGACAAGGCCAAGGGGUUCGUGGCGGAGAAGAUAUCGGGGGUGCAGAAACCGGAGGCGGACCUGUCGGACCUGUCGGUGCAGCACGUCGGCCGCGACGGCGCCACCCUGUCCGGCCGCCUCGACGUGCGCAACCCCUACUCGCACACCAUCCCCAUCUGCGAGAUCAGCUACUCCCUCAAAAGCGCCGGCCGCGACGUGGCCUCCGGGACCAUGCCGGACCCGGGGUCGCUGGUGGCCAGCGACACCACCAGCCUCGACAUACCGGUGAAGGUGCCGUACGACUUCCUGAUGAGCCUGGUGAAGGACGCCGGCAAGGACUGGGACCUCGACUACGAGAUGCGCGUCGGCCUCACCGUCGACCUCCCCAUCGUCGGCAACUUCACGCUGCCGCUCACCAAGGCCGGCGAGCUCAAGCUCCCCACGCUCUCCGACCUCUUUUAA